AUGUAUCUAAAUCAUUUUAUUCACAUCUACCUCUCUGUCUGUAUAUACACAUCUAUCUAUCUAUCUAUCUAUCUAUCUAUCUAUCUAUCUAUCUAUCUAUCUAUCUAUCUAUUCCUGUUUCUUCGUAUCUAUCUAUCUAUCUAUCUAUCUAUGACAAUUUGUUCGUAUCUAUCUACCUUAUUCUCUCUUUAUCUAUCUAUCUAUCUAUCUAUCUAUCUAUCUAUCUAUCUAUCUAUCUAUCCCAACCUACAUAUUCUCUACCUAUUUAAGUAUCACUUUCUAUGCCUCAAUAUCAUACCAUUUCCUCUUCCUCCUCUUUUUUUUUCUUUUCUUGCUUCCUCUAUCCUCUUUUUUUAUUUUCCUUUUCCUUCCCUCCUUCUCACCCUUCUUCUUUUCUUUUUGUCUCAUUCCUGCUAUUUUGAUCCCUUUUCCUUCUCCUUUUUCACCUCUUCCGCUUGCUUUCUUGUUUUUUUCCUUUUUUUCUUUUCCGCCUCUUACACCUUCUUUACCUUCUCUUGCUUCCUCCUCCUUCUGUUUCUAUUUUCUUUUUCCUCCUCUUCUCUUUUCUCCGCCUUCGCCUUUCUUACUCCUCUUGUUCUUCUCUUCGUCCCCCCGCUUCUUCUACAGCUUCUAGCCUCGUUUUCAACAGCUUCGCCUUCAUUAACUUUUUCUUUUUUUCUCUUUCUAGUUAUUUUGGUCACUUUCUACUCUCUUCCUCCUCCUCCACUUGAUGUCAUCGUCUUUUUUAUUUUCAUCGCUUUGUUUUUUCUCUCUUCUCCUUCUUUCUUUCUUUCUUUCUUUUUUCUCUGUCAUUUUUUAAUUUUCUUUUCCCCUCUUCUCCUAAACCGUUCUUCAACAGAAUUCUUUUUCUUCUUUUAUACCUACCCCCCUUUGUCACCCACUUCUUUCGCAUCUACCUUCCCAUCCUUCUUUUCUUUAUAUUUCAUUUUUCUUUUCUUUCUUUUCUCAUCAUUUUUACCGACUACUUUUCUGGUUCUUUCUUUCAUCCUUCCUUCCUUCCUUCCUUCCUUCCUUCCUUCCUUCCUUCCUUCCUUUCUUUCUUUCUUUCUAUCUUUCUUUCCUUCUGUUUGUAUGUCUUCCUUUCAUUCUUUCUUUCGUUUGUUCGUUCGUUCGCUUUUUCUUGAAUUUCAUCUACACCUUCCUUUUCUCUUUCUUUUUUCUUCCUUCCUUCCUUCCUUCCUUUCUUUCCUUCCGUCUGUAAUUCUUCCUUUCAUUUUUCUUCGUUUGUUUUUCUUGAAUUUCUUUAUUUUUUCAUUCUUUCUUUCCGUCCAUCUGUUUUUCUUUCUUUCUUUCUUUCUUUCUUUCUUUCUUUCUUUCUUUCUUUCCUUCCUUCUGUUUGUAUGUCUUCCUUUCAUUCUUUCUUUCGUUUGUUCGUUCGUUCGCUUUUUCUUGAAUUUCAUCUACACCUUCCUUUUCUCUUUCUUUUUUUCUUUUUUCUUCCUUCCUUCCUUUUUCUUUCCUUCCGUCUGUAAUUUUCCUUUCCUUUUCUUCCUUUUUUUUAUUUUCUUUAUUUUUUUUAUCUUCUUUCAUUUUUCUUCGUUUUUCUUUUCUUUCUUUUUCUUUCUUUCUUUCUUUCUUUCUUUCUUUUUCUUUUCCUUCCUUCUUUUGUAUGUCUUCCUUUCUUUCUUUCUUUUGUUCUUCGUUCUUUUUCUUUGA